GGAAGCGGUGGUGGAGCGCGAAAGAGGCGAGGACGAGGUGCGAACGAGGGGAGGCGAGAAGGACGCGUCCUGCUAGCAGAUGGCAGUGAUGUUGACAAUGAAGAAAGCAGUGCAGCUGAGAAUGACGAUAAUGUCAAAGGAACAGAUAAAGGAGGGAAGAAGACAACACCGAGAACCAGAAGGGGGCGUGGCAGAGGGAGAGGCAGACAUGGGGGUGAGGAGGAUGAAGAGGAUGAAGAUGGGACAAGGAGAGCUGGGCAUCGCAGGAACAGAAACCGCAGAGGACGGGGACGAGCAGCUGAAAAUGAGGGCAAUGAUUCUGAUGGAGGUGCUGAAAAAGACAGGAAGAACCAGACAAAUCAGAAAUCCAAGGAAGAUGAUGGAGAUGAGGAAGAUGAGAAAGGAGGUAGAAGUGGGAAAGGCAAAAAUGAGAAGAAACAGGAUAAAAAGCCUGAUAAGAAAGGAAAAAAAGAGAAGGCCAACAAGAAGAAAAAAGACAAAAAGAAAUCAGCAUCUGGCUCUGAUUCUGACUCUGAGGAGGAGCCAAUUACAGAAGAAGAAUUGGCCAAGCUGAAAGAAGAGGUAGAAGAAAAAAAGAAACUAAUCGCCACUCUACGAAACAAGCCAUGGAAGAUGAAGAAGAAGUUGUCUGUCCUGAAGGAAGCACAGCUUUUUGUGGAAAAGUUUGAAGGUGCUCUUGGAAAAGGAAAAGGAAAAAAAUUCUACGCGUACAAAGUGAUGAUGACCAAAAAAUGGAUGAAAUUUCAAAGAGAUUUUGAAAAUUUUAAGACAGCCUGCAUACCCUGGGAAAUGAAAAUUAAGGAGAUUGAAAGUCACUUUGGCUCAUCAGUGGCAUCUUAUUUCAUAUUCUUGCGCUGGAUGUAUGGAAUAAACAUGAUUCUCUUUGGACUGACCUUUGGACUUGUAAUGGUGCCUGAGGCUUUGAUGGGGAAGCCAUACGGCUCUUUACCCAGAAAAACUGUCCCAAGGGCUGAAGAAGCAACUGCUAUGAACUUUGCUACUCUCUGGGAUUUUAGCGGCUUUGCACAGUAUUCUGUACUCUUUUAUGGUUAUUACAAUAACCAGAGGACAAUUGGAUGGCUCAAGUUCAGGAUGCCUCUUUCGUAUUUCCUUGUUGGAGUUGGGACUAUUGGCUACAGCUUUAUGAUUGUGAUUCGAACAAUGGCAAAGAAUGCAAAUGAUGAUGGUGGUGGGGAUGACACUAGUUUUAAUUUCAGCUGGAAAAUGUUCACAAGCUGGGACUACCUCAUUGGCAAUCCGGAGACAGCAGAUAAUAAGUUUGCCUCUAUCACAACAAGCUUUAAGGAAGCAAUCGUGGAGGAGCAGGAGAGCCGAAAAGAGGAAAAUAUUCACUUGACUCGAUUCCUGAGGGUUCUUGCCAACUUCUUAGCCCUAUGCACACUUGCUGGGAGUGGCUACCUCAUCUUUUUUGUUGUCAGAAGAUCCCAGAAAUUUGCCCUGGAAGGUCUGGAGAACUACGGGUGGUGGGAAAGAAAUGAAGUGAACAUGGUUAUGUCACUUUUGGGAAUGUUCUGUCCAACUUUAUUUGAUGUAAUCAGUUCUCUGGAAAACUACCACCCUCGAAUAGCUCUAAGAUGGCAACUGGGACGAAUCUUUGCUCUUUUUCUUGGCAAUCUCUACACUUUCAUUAUUGCCUUAAUGGAUGAAAUCAAUCUCAAGUUGGAAGAAGAGAAGAUAGUCAAGUAUAACAUGACCAUAUGGGAAGCCAGUCUGUACAAUGGCACUAUUCCAGAAAAUUCGACUGCUCCUCCAAUAGAGGUGGACCCAGCAGAUGUUCCCAGAGGGCCAUGCUGGGAAACAAUGGUAGGACAGGAAUUUGUGCGGCUGACUGUCUCUGACACAAUGACAACAUACAUCACAAUUCUAAUUGGUGAUUUCUUGAGAGCUGUCUUCGUUAGGUUUUUCAAUUACUGCUGGUGCUGGGACUUGGAGUAUGGAUUUCCAUCAUAUUCUGAGUUUGAUAUAAGCGGAAAUGUGCUGGGACUGAUCUUUAACCAAGGCAUGAUCUGGAUGGGAUCUUUUUACGCUCCAUGUCUCCCAGCAAUCAAUGUGUUCCGCCUCCACACAUCCAUGUACCUGCAGUGCUGGGCAGUGAUGUGCUGCAAUGUCCCCCAAGAGAGGGUCUUCAAAGCUUCCAGAUCCAAUAACUUCUACAUGGCCAUGUUGCUUUUCAUCCUCUUUCUCUCCACGCUGCCUGCUGUGUACACCAUUGUCUCCAUCCCACCAUCUUUUGACUGCGGUCCUUUCAGUGGGAAGACUAGAAUGUUUGAAGUCAUAUCAGAAACUCUGGAACAUGACUUUCCUUCCUGGUUCGGGAAGGUAUUCGGUUAUGCCUCUAACCCUGGACUCAUCCUGCCUUUUAUAUUGUUGAUGGUCCUGAGUAUUUAUUAUCUUAAUGCUACAUCCAAAUCCUACAAGGAAGCUAACUUGGAACUUAAAAAGAAGCUACAAAGUCAAGCAGAAGAAAAUAAAAGAAGAAAUAAACAAAAGGCACAAAAAUCAAAUGAACAAGAUGAAAAUCCAUUUGAGACAGAACCACCACAGCCAAAGCCAAAAGAAUCCAAGCAAGAUGAAUCAACUCCAAAACAAGACAACAAGAAAGGUCAGGAUGGUAAUGAAGUGAAGAAGACGGGCCAGCCACAAGAAGCCAACUCAUCUCAGGCACUCCAGCCUCCAGGCACUGCCCUGAAUGGGCACUAUCCUCCACAGAGCAGAGGAGGAAACCUUCCUCCCCCAUCCAUAGCUGUGACAAGACCACCAGGCCCUAGGGGAUAUGGAGUGCCGGGCUAUCCACCUGGAAACCCACGCUUCCCGGGGGUGCAGCCAGGAAUACCCAGGGGCGCUCCCAGCUACAGAUAAGGAGCCUCAAGCACGUUGUGAUAUCUUGAAGAAUUCUGAGAUACAGAAGAGUGAUCCUAACCCCAAGCACGCUCCUGUUCAUUUUAAAUCUCCAUGUCCUUAGAAGUUACCCAUGCAGUUCAGGUUUUGUAGGAUGGGAGGCUUCAGGAGAAAAUGUUGCAUAUGUCUUCUUGCAUCUGAAAACAUUGCAAAAUGUGUUACCUGUGUCAAUAGAUUACUAAACUUGGGGAUAUUUAGUGGAAGAUACUUAUUAGAAGUAUUAAAAAAUGUUCUACAUUUAGUUGAUUAUUUUCUUAGAAGCCUGUAAGUGUGUCCCUAACAACUUUUCCUUUUUCUUAAAAGCACAGUUCACUGAAAAUAUAGCUUUGUACUAAGUGUGUGAGAGUGAGUUAUACUUAGCAUACAGCUAAAUGCAUCUAGCUUGUCUUCUGCAGGACAGAUAUGCUUGCCCAAAUGUUGUAGAUUGUACAUGGGAACACUAGGAUCUUUUCAAAAGCUGGAUAAUUUCCUCUAAAGUCUCUGGGCAAGUAUUAAAAAGGUAAAAGAAAAGCAAUAUUCUGCUUCCUGGUAUAAAGAAUAUUUAUCUCCUAUUAGAACACUACUUUAUCUACUAACAGUUUUAUCACAUUCUGAAAGUCUAAAACUAAAUUUAUGAAAACAAAGAGGUGAAGAGAUAAUUCCUGUGCAGAAAAACAUAUUUGAGAAAUACGUUAAGACAUGCAUACAAGAACUUCCCCUCAAAUACUCUCCAAUAUUGUGUUACAACACAGAGGCACUUAUCGUAUAAGAAUAUGUGCUGUAUAAUCUGCUCUGUGGAUUUAUCAUUGUACACUUGCAUUGACCUCUAUAGAGUCCAGAGUGGAAUAGGUCCUUAGUCUGAUACGUCUUGUGGAAACAUAGGAUAGAUGCAAGUCCAUAUGUGAACAGACACUACUUAUUCCCACAAGACAGUUUUAUUUUUGUGUUCCAGUUUUACUUCCUUCCCCAAAAUUCAGGCCUGGAUAAUUAUUUUAAGACUCAAAAGAUCAUUAACAGCAAAAUUAGUCAGCUGAUUGUCUACUUAAAAAUAAAUGUAAUUCCAUGGGGCCCCUUUUGUAUAAUAUAGGCCUGUUUUAUAAAGCAGAGAUACUUUAACCAUACCUCUGUAUAAAACAAGUCUGUGAUGUCUCAAACAACAUCCAUGUAAUUGAACUGUAGAAUUUAUCAAAAAAAGCUUACCAAUCACCUUCCCCCCCUCCUUUUAGACUGUAUCCACAUAAAACACAAAAAAAGCUGUCUCUCCAUGACCAUAUUCCACUACAUGCAGCCACCAAGUCAUACGUACAUAUGUCCCACGAACAUAUUGUAUGUGAAAGGUGGACAUUUCCCUAGAAUGUCAAGGGCAUCCAGGGAACUCACAUGAGUCUGAGUUAACAAAAGCCAAGGAACCAAAAUAUUCUUAAGGCAGUAAAUUUUUGUCUUAUUCCCUAAGUUCUGUGAGAGCAGGCUGUAUCAUAAACUACAGAUCCUGUUGAAAAUCUUCAAAUAAAAAUGUUGCUAAGGUUAGGACUCAAAUAUAUUAUCAAUAUCAUAUUUGGGUACAAAUAUGCUCAGUAUUUACUUCUGUUUACACUAUUAGAAGAUUUUAGGUUACGUAAAGAGCUGAGAGAAGUUUGGCAUUACUAAUGAUUCAAGAUAGGAAUAAAUAUCAGCACCCUAUGUAUCUGCAGAACACCUAUAUAAACUGACCUGCACUUCAAGGGUCUGAUUCUUUUAUUCUGCUUAGCAUUAAGGUAUGGAGAAAAGAGCUUGUAUUCCAUGUCAGAUUUUUGUGUUUUGAUUAAGCUGAAACAAUCUAUCUGUAGUGCAUAGUCAAACAACGUGGUGAACCAUAUCUGGUGAAAUGUUGGUAAAAUCAUAAUUAAAAAAAGAAUAUUGCACUGUUUAUCUGAGGUGGGUUUUGUCCUUGACUUUCGGUUGGAAGAUAUUUUGUGUAUUUGUAUAUACUACUCUAUGCAAUUAUCAUGUUACAAUUUGAAAAAUAUUUGUUCUUUAGUUUUGAAAUUGCACAAUA